GACAUCAAAUACAAAGCAAGAUCAAAAAUUACCACGUGGCAACCCCAAAUAAAAAAUAAUAAAAAAUUAAAACUCCCCUAAAAAUAACCUGCUGACGUGUACAAUAUAUCAUAGCCUCCCUAUAAAUAGGCCCAUAUUUUUCUUUCAUUCUCAUCCAUUUCUCUCAAACUUUCUCUCUCUUGAAUUUCUCUCUCUAAAACCGAUUAGAACGACAACACUCAGACACAUACACAUAACACAUACCACCCUCACUACUCUUGUAUUUCUUCUCAGUUUUUCUCUCUCUUCCCCCAAUUUUCUAGGGUUUCUGAUUCAUUCGAUUUCUCUUUCUUCGAUUUUAUUCCGAAGAUCUUGUGAUUUUUUUAAUUUGAUAUUACUUUUUUUUUUCGGCUGUCUUGGCUCGAGAUCCGGGCCAAGUACAGAAACGGAGGAAUUUGAGGGUUGGAUUUCGAUUGGUUUUGCUUGAGGUUUAUGCUGUUGUAAUCAUUUUCAGGGAUUGGAGAAAUGGCGUCAAAUGAAGGAUUCUUAACAGAAGAGCAGAGGGAGAGGAUGAAGAUAGCUUCAGAGAAUUCAGUACCGGCUCCUUCGAAGUUGUUAUCAUCAUCGCCUAAGGGUUUAUUGUCUUCGCCGAAAUCGACUACAUUCCUCUCUGAUCACCGUGGGAAAGGUGGAGGAGGAGGUGGUGGUGGUGGUGGUGGGAAGGCGCCUUCUGUGAAACCUCGUCAUUCGGGGAAGGUUGUCAGAGUCAAGAAGGAUGGUGCCGGCGGCAAGGGAACUUGGGGAAGGCUACUUGAUACUGAAUGUGAAGCACAUCUAGACCGUAAUGAUCCUAACUAUGAUAGUGGGGAGGAGCCGUACAAGCUUGUUGAAGCAACUGUUACUGACCCCUUGGAUGAUUACAAGAAAGCUGUGGUUUCAAUCAUAGAGGAGUACUUCAACACUGGUGUGGUGGAUGUGGCUGCAUCUGAUCUUAGAGAACUAGGAUCGAGUGAAUUCCAUCCUUAUUUCAUAAAGAGGCUUGUGUCAAUUGCUAUGGAUAGGCAUGACAAGGAGAAAGAGAUGGCUUCUGUUUUGCUUUCUGCUCUUUAUGCAGAUGUCAUCACUCCAGCCCAGAUCAGUCAAGGUUUCAUCCUGCUGCUUGAGUCGGCAGAUGACCUAUCUGUUGAUAUUCCUGAUGCAGUUAACGUACUUGCACUAUUUGUUGCCCGUGCUGUUGUUGAUGACAUCCUUCCUCCCGCAUUUGUCACUAGAGUGCAGAAAAAUCUUCCAGUCUCAUCCAAGGGGCUUCAGGCUGUUCAAAUUGCUGAGAAGAGCUAUCUUUCUGCCCCACACCAUGCAGAACUUGUGGAGCGAAAAUGGGGUGGCAGUACUCACCUUACAGUUGAGGAAGUGAAAAAGAAGAUUGCUGAGCUGUUGAGGGAAUAUGUGGAGAAUGGAGAUGUAUUGGAAGCCUGCAGGUGCAUUAGAGAACUGGGAGUUUCUUUUUUUCACCAUGAGGUUGUGAAGAAAGCUCUAGUUCUUGGUAUGGAGAAUCGAUCAUCUGAACCUCUCAUCAUGAAGUUAUUGAAGGAAGCAUCUGAAGAAGGCGUAAUAAGCUCCAGUCAGAUGACAAAGGGGUUCUAUCGGGUUGAGGAGAGUCUUGAUGACCUUUCUCUGGACAUCCCAUCCGCAAGAUCGCUGUUCCAGUCCAUUGUACCUAGGGCAAUAUCUGAAGGAUGGCUCGAUGCUUCAUUUUCAAAAUCCACUACUGAUGAUGGAUAUUUCCCCAAGCAUGAUGAUGCAAAGGUGAAAAAGUACAAGGAGGAGAUUGUGUUUAUAAUUCAUGAAUACUUCCUUUCUGAUGACAUCCCUGAACUCAUUCAUAGUCUUGAAGAUCUUGGGGCACCGGAGCUAAACUCAAUUUUCUUGAAAAAGCUGAUCACCCUUGCCAUGGACCGGAAAAAUAGGGAGAAAGAGAUGGCAUCUGUUCUUCUGUCUGCACUACAUAUAGAGAUUUUCUCCUCAGAGGAUAUUGUGAAUGGCUUUGUAAUGCUCUUGGAAUCUGCUGAAGACACGGCACUUGAUAUCCUAGAUGCCUCGAAUGAGCUUGCUCUUUUCUUGGCUAGGGCAGUAAUUGAUGAUGUUCUGGCCCCUCUGAACCUCGAUGAAAUUGCAAGCAAGCUGCCGCCCAACUGUAGUGGGAGCGAAACUGUACAUAUGGCUAGAUCGCUUGUCUUCUCUCGUCAUGCGGGUGAGAGGAUCCUCCGCUGUUGGGGUGGUGGCUCCGGGUGGGCUGUAGAGGAUGCCAAGGACAAGAUAAUGAAGCUGCUUGAAGAGUAUGAGAGUGGAGGUGUUGUAGGGGAAGCAUGUCAGUGCAUUAGGGAUCUUGGGAUGCCUUUUUUCAACCAUGAGGUUGUAAAGAAGGCACUAAUUAUGGCCAUGGAAAAGAAGAAUGAUCGGAUGCUUGAUCUUCUUCAGGAGUGUUUCGGUGAGGGCCUGAUCACGAUCAACCAGAUGACUAAAGGGUUUGCUCGUGUCAAGGAAGGGCUCGAUGACCUGGCGCUUGACAUUCCAAAUGCCAAGGAUAAAUUAGAAUAUUACAUGGAGCAUGCUAAGAAACAAAACUGGAUCCUGCCAGGUUUUGAUUUAACUGAUGAAGAUGGCUUGUUGGCUGCUGCUUCUUGAAGGUAGAAGUGAAGAUAUAUUAUUUAGUUGUCAGCCUCUCUCUUGCAUGUUAAACAGUGUAAUGCGCAUUUACCUCACAGUAUCGCGCUGUUAGUUGGCUCCUUAUGUUCAUCUUUUAUUUUCUUGGAUUCACCAUCUGAUAUGAUAAGAGUUUAUUUUGAGGAUUAGAUGUAUAAAGUUUUUAUUUCUAUCAAAUUGACUUGUCGCUUAGACUUGCGAAAUCUUUGCAUUAGUUGUUUGUAAUUUGACUCGACUUUUUUGUUAGAUGAUGAUGACAUUGUUGAGUAGAACUGGUCGGAUGUAAUUCACUGUAAAUUUUUAGGAGUUUGCAGGCCACAAUAAAUCAAAAUUAUGUUGUGGAAA